UCUCACACAACUUAAUAUCCAAAAGUGCCCAUAUGACCCACUCCACUCACCUUCCCCAAGUGCCCAAAAAAAUCUAUCAACACAACAGAAGCACAAGUAGAUCAAAUGAUACAAUUAUAAACUAUUAGCAACUAAAAAGCUACAAAUUUCCAAGCUGCUUGAAGCUUUCAAGAAUGGCUACCAUGACUUCAAUUCCCCUGCCCUCAUCUUCAUCCUCUUUACAUCUUAAUAUUUACUCCUCACUUCCAACAUUUUCUCCAAAACAUACCCAUGAUCAUGUGCCCUGCUGGUUCAGACCCACGAGGCAAAGAUUGUCAUCAAAGACUUUACCAAGGGGCCUGAGAAUCAGAAAUGCAGCCACUAAGCCUGCAAAAUCACCAGCUGAAGAAGACUGGAAGAUUAAGAGGGAAUAUCUGCUACAGAAAAAGGUAAGGAGUGUGGAUGUAAAGGAAGCUCUGCGCCUUCAGAAAGAAAACAAUUUUGUGAUUCUUGACGUACGGCCUGAAGCAGAAUUCAAAGAGGCUCAUCCACCAGGUGCUAUCAAUGUGCAAAUAUAUAGGCUUAUAAAGGAGUGGACAGCAUGGGAUAUUGCCAGACGUGCUGCAUUUGCAUUUUUUGGCAUCUUCUCUGGCACAGAAGAGAAUCCUGAGUUCAUACAAAGUGUGGAAUCAAAAAUUGAUAAGAAUGCAAAGAUAAUAGUAGCCUGCGCAGCUGGGGGUACAAUGAAACCAACCCAAAAUCUCCCUGAAGGUCAACAAUCCAGGUCACUGAUAGCAGCCUACUUGCUUGUCCUCAACGGUUAUGCCAAUGUCUUUCACUUAGAAGGGGGCCUUUACAAAUGGUUCAAAGAGGAACUGCCAUCAGUUACAGAAGAGUAAAGAAUUAGACGGUGCUUCCAAAGUCGCUCAAGUUUUGUCCCAAAUGAGACUAUCAAUGUACUCUCAUCGUGAUUCACUCUACUUUUCUCCCAAGUGAAUCUUCUUUGUAUGAAGACCAAGGUGUAAUUAUAUUGGAGGCUUUAAUUGAGGUCUUAAUAGGAAAUGCUUUGGCGUUUUUUUGUAUUUAAGAGGUAGAGUAAAAAAGGGUCUAUAAAACAAAAAUGAAAUGCUUUUAAAUUAUAUCAGACAAGCACCUGAUCAGACAAAGGAGAGAGAAUCCUCAUGCAUAAUGGAUUGGCUUCCUGUAAA